AAACGACGGCUCCAAAAUGCGAUGAUACCAACGAAAUGUUUCCAAAGGGACCCAAUACCAAAGAAACGACAGCUUCAAAAUGCAACAACACCAACAAAAUGAUGACUCUAAAGAGAUACAACACCAGAGAAACAAUGGCUUCAAAAUGCGAUGACACCAAUGAAAUAUCUCUAAAGAAACCUGAUACCAGAGAAAUAACAGCUCCAAAAAUUAACAACACCAACGAAUGA